GAAAUUUGCACCCUGGUAUCUUACAACACGAAAUUACGACAGAAAUUUCGCUGAUAUACGUGUCAGAGCCCACGAUUUACGAUGCUGCUUUGCCUGACCUCAUGGCUCGACACAUGAGAGAAGCAGAUAAGUGCCAUGAUGAAGGGCAAACGCCUGAAAGCACCGCCACUCCGGAACAAGCGAGUCUCCAUGACCUUCGCCAGGAAAUACGAGUCGCCAGGGAAAAAACGGCACCAGAGGACGCGACCCACCACGCCGUAGAGCCAGUGACUGUUGAUUCCGCGCAGGAGGAACCACGCGAACCUCGGGCAUCGCAGGAGGACGUGGCCCGACGACCCCUGACCUCACGCCGACACAACGGCCGAACACUCAGGCAGGCUUUGCGCUUGGACGAGGCCCUCUACGCGAACCAAAGUUUCACAAACCAAACCCAAGUUUCCACAUGUCUCGGCUCGAGCACUUCCCUCUCCCGCUCGCCAUUCCCGCCAGAGAGGGAAGAAAUCGAAGCGGACCACGACCUCGUUUUAUCCCCCGAGGUCACGCAGCUGACACCUGUGAUGAUAGAAACCCCAAUUAGGAACAUGAUCCGACUCCCUUCGCUGCGGGGAAGGAGGCGCUGUGGGUCGCGUCUCCUCUCGAGGAACGUCCCGACCUUCCUGGUGCCUCACUCCCCAAACUCCAUCUCCGUGUGGGUUAUCAUGAGUGGAGGAGGAGACGGGCUCGAGUCCGCGUCCCUGGUGCGUCACGGCAGUGGAGGAGGUCGCAGCUACACGUCUGAAGGUGGAAUGCUAAGGGAGAGCGAAGGGAACCUUGAUGGAGGAGAUGAGCUGGACUAUGUGGAGAGCGAUGCGCCUCUCCUCUCGCAGUUUCACGAGGAUGCCAUACAGCAGGCCGGCACGGGGGCCUUCCAGUGGCUCCUGCUCAUGAUCACAGGCCUCGGUCUCGCUGCUGACACCAUCGAGCUCUUCGUCGUGGCGUAUGUGAUCCCGUCAGCCGAGGUGGAGCUUUGUAUGUCCGGGACUGACAAAGGCUGGCUCGCCGCCAUCACGUUCAUUGGCAUGAUGAUCGGAGCGAUGAUCUGGGGCAGCUUGAGCGACAACGUGGGGCGACGGCGAGCUCUUCUGUCGGCGCUGUUUGUGAAUGCCUUGUUUGGGGUCAUGACAGCUUUCAUGCCCACCUACGGGAUCUUCAUGACGACCAGACUCUGUUCUGGCAUUGGAAUUGGCGGCGGGAUUCCAAUUGUGUUUGCCUAUUACUGUGAGUUUGUGACCCGGGCUGAGAGGGGGCGCCAUCUGUCGUGGCUGCUGGUGUUCUGGGCAGUGGGCGGCGUGUUCACGGCGUUGAUGGCGUGGGCGAUAAUUCCUAGGACUGGUAUCACAGUAGUUUUGGACGAGCAGCACCACUUCAGCUCCUGGCGCGUUUUCCUGGUGGUGUGUUCCCUCCCUUCCUUUGCUGCUGUCAUCGGGCUCUACUUCAUGCCGGAGUCACCGCGGUUCUUGCUCGAAAAGGGUCGUGACGUUGAAGCCAUCAUGGUAUAUAAGAAAAUCUUCAAGUGGAAUAACGCACAAAACCCAGGAGCCGAAUACCAGCUCACGGAACUGGAACUGCCGUCAGGAACCCACCGUUCCCUGCGACACACACCUCCUCAGGGCGUCGGCAAGAACUUCUUUUCCGACCUGUCAUAUGGACUUGAUCAGUUCUGGGGCCUCUUCUUCCAGCUAUUCAUCCCCCCGUACCUCAAGUCAACAGUUCUGCUCCUCAUAGUGUGGUUCACCUGUGCUUUUGGGUUCUAUGGUCUGUCAGUCUGGUUCCCUGAAUACAUAAAACUUCUGCAAAGUGAAGAAUAUAACAAACAUGCUCAGACUACAGAUGGAAAAGCAUUCAUGGAUGAGAGAUUAGACAACAGUCUCUUCGACAACCGCGUUUUCAAUGACGUCAUUUUCAACAACGUCACUUUCAAGGACGUUGUCAUGAAUCACGUGAUUUUCCUGAACUGCACUUUCAUGGACUGCCUCUUCUCGAACGUGCGGAGUAGCAAGACCUUCUUCAAAUACUCCAUGAUCGAAGACUGCCUCUUCAUCGACACCGACCUCUAUGACUACCGAUUCCUUGACUGUGACAGAAGAAACAACAUCUUCCGCGCCGACGUGCCAGGGUGCAAGCUCGACUUCGAUUAUAACAUCCACUAUAAGGAAGUUUUUCAGGAGAAUCUGAUCGGCCAGUUGACCAUCAUCCCGGGGACGCUAAUCACCUCCCUGCUCAUGGACAGGAUCGGAAGGGUCAAAAUCAUGAGUGUGUCCAUGUUUUUAUCUUCAAUAUCAGCUUUCUUCAUAUGGUUUUUAAACAGCAAGAUUGGCGUGAUUGUCUUCGAAGCUGUGUUCAAUUUCAUUUUCAUAUCUGGGUGGAAUGCUUUAGACAUAGCAUCUACCGAAGCCUUUCCAACUCAUAUCAGGACAACCGCAUAUGGGUUCCUAAGUGCUACGUCCAGGAUAGCGGGCGUUUUAGGGUCCCUGUGCUUCGGGCAGUUCAUCUACACGAGCCGGGCGAUUCCUAUGUUAACCACUUCAGUUGUUCUUCUUCUCGGUAGUAUUGUGUCCCUCAAGCUACCGGAGACUAGAGAUAACCUCUUGUAGGUUGAAAUGUAUUUUAAAAGAACUAUUUUUUAGGUUAAAAAUUUGUUAAAUGUUAAAAUGCAGGAAGAAUAAAACGAUGAAAUGAGAAUGAUGUGAGAGAUGGUUAUUGUGAUAAGGAAAUUAUUUUUAAAGGUUGAUUUUUUUCUUCCCUCUAGUCAAGAAGUUUUUUUUAGGUACUUUUCAGUUUCUUUGUCCAUAGUGAAUGAAUUGUGAACAGUGCUGAUGAGAACUUUGGUAAUAACAUUAUUAUAUUUGAGGUUCUGUGACACAGCUUUUGCACUGUGAACAUGUUCAUUCCCAUUCAUUCCUUU